AGAUUGUGGGCCCCACUCUCUUUGUCCACACACGCCAUUCUCUAUCCAUCCAUCUCUCCCUAUUUUCCAUUUCAUUUUCCACUUCCAAUUUCCAACUUAAACAAUAAACAUAUAUUCAUAUUUAUUUACUACCAACUACUUAUUUAUUUUUAUUUUAUUUUAUUUUCCAUUGAAACACAGUUAGUACCUUAUCUCCCUGCUUCUACUCAGCUAAAUUAUGGCUUCGAAUCCUGAAAAGGAUAUUCCUGCUGAUGACAAAGCUGGCACAGCAGAGAACACAAAUCCCAAGGAUGAAACAUCCUCUGCAGAUUCACAGGCUGGACGAACUUCUGGACCUGCAACUGGGUUUCCAGCCAACCCUUUCGAUUUCUCUGCCAUGUCUGGUCUUCUCAAUGAUCCAAGCAUCAAAGAAUUGGCUGAACAGAUAGCAAAAGAUCCAUCGUUCAAUCAGAUGGCUGAGCAGCUUCAGAAGAGCUUUCAAGGUGCACCACAGGAGGGUAUCCCCAACUUUGAUAAUCAGCAAUAUUAUCAAACCAUGCAACAAGUUAUGCAGAAUCCUAAUUUUAUGACCAUGGCUGAACGUUUGGGUAAUGCAUUGAUGCAGGAUCCAUCAAUGUCUGCCAUGCUUGAAAGUUUUACAAAUCCAACAAACAAAGAACAGCUUGAAGAGAGAAUGGCACGCAUCAAGGACGAUCCAUCUUUGAAACAUAUCUUAGACGAGAUAGAGAACGGCGGUCCUGCUGCUAUGAUGAAAUACUGGAAUAACGAGGAGGCUUUACGGAAGUUGGGGCAAGCAAUGGGCCUUCCAACUUCUGCAGAUGCAGCUGCUUCUGCUGAAAAUCCAGGGGCAGAUGAGACUGAAGAUGUGGGAAAUGAAGAUGAAUCACUUGUUCAUCACACUGCUAGUAUUGGUGAUGUGGAGGGCUUGAAAAAUGCACUAGCCUCUGGUGGUGACAAGGAUGAAGAAGAUGCCGAGGGAAGAACUGCUUUACAUUUUGCAUGUGGAUAUGGCGAGGUGAAGUGUGCACAAGUUCUGAUUGAGGCUGGAGCAAAAGUGGAUGCUUUGGAUAAGAAUAAGAACACAGCUCUUCAUUAUGCAGCUGGCUAUGGCAGGAAGGAGUGUGUUGCCCUACUCCUUGAAAAUGGUGCUGCAGUUACUCUCCAGAACAUGGACGGCAAAACUCCUAUAGAUGUUGCGAAGCUAAACAAUCAAAGUGAUGUCUUAGAGCUGCUUGAAAAAGAUGCUUUCCUGUAGUUGUAAGCCAUAAUGAAUGCCAUGUUGUAAGCAACAAAGAAAAAAGUGGGAAAAAAAAAAAGAAGGGAAAUGAGAGGAAAA